UGAACACCCGCUAAAAAGGGAACUUUGGCUAAAUUUAGAGGACAUUGGUUAACAAUCGAGGAGAGAGAAAGAGGUAAAGAAGAAGAGAGCGACCAGAAGAGGACAUUGAAGUUGAUAAGCCUGCCUGGCUGGGGUUUUAGCUUAACCCCUUAUCUUUCUUCUUCCUUUUGCCGACUUAUUUCUCCUUUCAUCCUGCAACCCAACAACUUCAGUCGUAGAUAAAAAUGGCUGCCCAAUCGGUUCGUGAAUGGACUGGAAUUCAGAAAUUUCCUGCUGCAACUCAAACUAAGUUGCUUGAAUUAUUGGGAAAGUUGAAACAAGAGCAUGUGGAUUCUUUGACUAUCCUUGUACUGGGGAAAGGCGGUGUUGGGAAAUCAUCAACUGUGAAUUCCGUCAUUGGUGAAAGCGUAGUUGCUGUCAGUGCUUUUCAGUCUGAGGUAUCAAGACCUGUGAUGGUUUCACGUACAAGAGCGGGAUUUACAUUGAAUAUCAUCGACACACCUGGUCUCGUUGAAGGAGGAUAUGUGAAUGACCGGGCUAUUGACAUGAUAAAAGGCUUUCUUCUGGAUAAGACAAUCGAUGUAUUGCUAUACGUGGACCGAUUGGAUUCUUAUAGAAUGGACACAUUAGACAAGCAAAUUAUUAAAGCUAUUACAGAUAGUUUUGGGAAAGGGAUAUGGGAUCGUGCUGCAAUAGUCCUUACUCAUGCUCAGUUCUCUCCCCCUGAUCGAUUGAGUUACGAAGACUUCUUCGGAAGAAGAUCCGAGUCUUUUCUAAAUGUUGUUCGCUCUGGGGCCGGAAUAAAGAAACAGGAUACUCUUGCAUCCUCAAUGCCUGUUGUUUUGGUUGAGAACAGUGUUCGGUGCAAUAAAAAUGAUGAUGGUGAAAAGAUUCUUCCAAGUGGAGUUUCAUGGAUACCCAAUUUGGUCAAGACUAUCAUUGAUGUUGUAUCAAAUGGAAGUAAGGGUAUCUUGGUCGACAAGAAGUUGAUUGAGGGCCCGAAUCCAAAUGAACGCUUUAAGAUGUGGAUACCUUUGAUUGUGUUAGCUCAAUAUUUUCUUGUGAUCAAGCCGAUUCAAGGAAAAAUCAAAAAAGAUAUAUCCAAAGAAAAGAAGGCUCCAUGGGAACUCCGAGAUCUAGUUGCAGCCAAACGCAGGGUCUGAAAUCGGAGGCCUCACAACGCUAUCAACUAUUUCUCGUCUCUACUUCUAUAGAGGUUAUAGUUAGCAUUGUGAUAAUCCGGCAAUUUGAGCAUCUUCAAGUUUCUAAAAAGUUUGCCUCUUUUAUUAGUCAUCUUAUCUUUGCAGGCAAUGAAAUUUCUGAUUAGUUCUUUAAUCUGGUUUUUGUAGUACUGUUAGUGUAUUUAAUGAUUUAUGAGCAAACUUUUUUUUAAUGUCAUAUCGCAAUUUUGUGGCUUUGAAAUGUCAUUUAUUUACUCUUUGCAUCACAAAGUUGGCUGAGUUUUGUGGGAUUCAAAUAAAUAUGAAUCUUGUAGGAAAUAAAACACUUAAAAGUGAAAUUCUCAAAAAUAAAAUUGAAUGAUGAAUAGCGUCAAUAACCGUAAUGUAGAAGUAUUUUAUAAUGGGUUACUCCACCCUAACCCCACCUCCACCCUAACCAAUAAUUAUUUGUCAAACAUCUCUGAAUCUUUACGGAUUUUAUUCAUGGGAGUAGGACCUCCAAUUGUUCCAAGUCAUAUAAUUUUGGUUGAAGAGGUUAGUAUCAUUAAAAUAAAAAUAUAUUUGCGAUUAAUAUUGACUUCAUAGUUUUAGGCGAUUAUUGUGGACAAUGACAGCAUGAUAUUUUGAUGAAAAGAAUGUCAAGAGCAGCACACAUAAAAGAUAUGGACUAUGGAGUAUACCAAUUAAAUGGUUUGGUCGGUUAUGAAAUGUUCCCAUCUGCCAAUUGAAAUUUGUUGAUCAU